AUGUCUGCCGUUUCCUCAUCUAAAGCUAAAAGAGAGCAAAAACGUUUGGAAAGAGAAGCUGCCAAGUCUGCAGCCGGUAAAUCCACCAAGAAGACCAAAAGACAAGCAGCUAAAGAUGCUGAAGAAAAAGAGGUUGAUGAUGCCGAUGCUCAAAUUGCUAAAUUGAAAUUGCAAACUGAUGAAUCUGGUAUUUCCGAUAGAGUUACCACUGGUGUUUUAGAAUCAUUACAAACCUCUAGAGAUAUUAAAUUAUCAUCGGUUUCGCUUUUAUUCCACGGUAAAGUUUUAAUUCAAGAUGCUGUUUUGGAAUUGAAUUAUGGUCGUAGAUAUGGUUUAUUGGGUGAAAAUGGUUGUGGUAAAUCCACUUUAUUGAGAUCCUUGGCUGCAAGAGAAUUCCCAAUUCCUGAACAUAUUGAUGUUUAUUUAUUGAAUGAACCAGCUGCUGCCACCGAUUAUUCUGCUUUAGAAUACGUUGUUAGAGAAGCUGAAGCUGAAAUGAAGAGAUUGGAAAAUUUGGUUGAAGAUAUCAUUGUUAAAGAAGGUCCCGAAGAUCCAUCUUUAGAUGGUUUAUAUGAAAAAAUCGAUGAAAUGGAUCCUGCUACUUUUGAAUCAAGAGCUGCAGUUAUUUUAACUGGUUUAGGUUUUAAUUCAGUCACUAUUAAAAAGAGAACCAGAGAUAUGUCUGGUGGUUGGAGAAUGCGUGUUGCUUUAGCUAAAGCUUUAUUCGUUAAACCAACACUUUUAUUAUUAGAUGAUCCAACUGCUCAUUUAGAUUUAGCUGCUUGUGUUUGGUUAGAAGAAUAUUUGAAAAGAUUUGAUAGAAUUCUUAUCUUGGUUUCUCAUUCUCAAGAUUUCUUAAAUGGGGUUUGUACCAAUAUGAUUGAUAUGAGAUUAAAAUCAAUUCAAUUAUAUGGUGGUAAUUAUGAUUCUUAUGUUAAAACUAGAGAAGAAUUGGAAACUAAUCAAAUGAAAGGUUAUCAUAAACAACAAGAAGAAAUUGCUCAUAUUAAAAAAUUCAUUGCAUCUGCUGGUACUUAUGCUAAUUUAGUUAGACAAGCUAAAUCUAGACAAAAAAUUUUGGAUAAAAUGGAAGCUGAUGGUUUAAUUCAACCAGUGAUUCCUGAUAAAGUUUUCUCUUUUAGAUUCCCUGAUGUUGAUAAAUUACCUCCUCCAGUUUUGGCUUUUGAUAACAUGUCUUUUGCUUAUAGUGGUAAAAAGGAAGAUAACUUAUUUGAAGGUUUAGAUAUUGGUAUUGAUAUGGAUUCAAGAGUUGCUUUAGUUGGUCCAAAUGGUAUUGGUAAAUCUACCUUAUUAAAAUUAUUCCAAGGUAUUUUACAACCUCAAGAAGGUAGAGUUAUUCAACAUACUCAUAUUAAGUUAGGUGUUUACUCUCAACAUUCUGCUGAUCAAUUAGAUUUAACUAAAACUCCUUUGGAUUUCGUUCGUGAUAAAUUUUCUCAUAUUUCUCAAGAUUAUCAAUAUUGGAGAAGUCAAUUAGGUCGUUAUGGUUUAACUGGUGAAGGUCAAACUUCUCAAAUGGCUACUUUAUCUGAAGGUCAAAGAUCAAGAGUUGUCUUUGCUUUAUUAGCUUUAGAAGCUCCUAAUUUGAUUUUAUUAGAUGAACCUACUAACGGUUUAGAUUUAUCUACUAUUGAUUCCUUAGCUGAAGCUAUUAACGCUUUCAACGGUGGUGUUGUUGUUGUUUCACACGAUUUUAGAUUAUUAGAUAAAAUCGCUCAAGAUAUUUUUGUCAUUGAAAAUAAAACUGCAACUAGAUGGGAAGGUUCUAUCUUGGACUAUAAAAAGAUCUUUCGCUCAAUAAUUACAAUGCAAUUCUCCACUGUCGCCUUAUUCGCCGCCGUUGCCGUCGCUGCUACCGUCACCGAAACUGACGCUUCUUCUACUUUGGUCACUGUUACUGACUGUGCUUCCACUGUCACUGACUGUCCAGCCCACAAAUCUUCUGAAGCUCCAGUUGCUUCUACUUCAUCUGCUGGUAACUACACUGCUCCAGCUAAUGUUUCUUCUGCUUACGAAGCUGGUGCCGCUAAACAAUUUGCUGUUGGUGGUGUUGCUUUAGCUGCUGGUGCUUUAUUAGCUUUAUAA